AUGACCGAAAACGCCUCGACCAAAGCAUCACGCCCAAGCAUUGUACUCGUUCCGGGUGCGGCAUGCCGGCUCAUCUUCUACACUGCAUUGGUUGAACAACUGUCCAAGCACUUUGAAACAUAUGCCUACGACUUGCCGACCGCUAGUCGUGAGCCGCCUCAACAAGCAGCGACCUUGGCCGACGAUGCAGCCUUCUUCCACGACAAAAUACAAGACCUCGUGAAUGCUGGGAAGGAUGUGGUCGUUCUGGCACAUUCAUAUGGCGGUAUGCCUGCAACAGACAGUGUCCAGGGUCUGGCCAAGUCAGACCGCGCCUCCCAGGGUCUUCCAGGAGGAGUUGUGAGACUCGUCUACCUUUCAUGCAUUGUGGCAGACGUGGGUCAGACGGCAAGCGAGGUGACCAGCAGCCUCAACUUCAGUUUCUUGGUCCCUGUGGGAGAGAAUGGAGAAUUCUUGGCUCAAGACCUUGGACCGGAAGGCGCAACGACCAUCUUCUCGGAUCUUCCGCUGGAAGAGGCGCUGACAUGGCAGACUCGGCAAUCGCUGCAGUCCGCAAUCUGCUACACAGGAAAGGCCGUGUACCCUGCCUACAGAUAUGUGCCGGUUUCGUACAUCUUCUGCUCGGGUGACAAAGUGUUGACACCGGAGUUUCAGCAAGGGCGGAUUGAUUUUCUCAAGAAGGAAGCCAAGGAGUUUGAUCUGCUCCGACUCGAGACCGGUCAUUGUCCCAACGUCAGUGAGCCCGAAGCAACGGCCAAGGUCAUCUGUGAAGCGAUCAACAAGAAGGAAUCGAGAGUGUAG